AUUUUUUGCACUUGUUAUGAUUUUCAUUGUUCGGAAUCGGCACACGAUGUCUCACAAUCUCAACCAAAAAUUAUUUAGAGCCCCCUUCCUUUUUUCGCAUUUUUUCUCCAUUCGCAUCGUUGGUCCUUGGAUGACCAGAUGACUAACUCCUGCAUGUAAUUCUAAUUAGUAAAUAGUAUAUCGAGGGCACUUUUGAAAAUAUCGAUUGAUAAUCUUGGGAACCCUUUCCCUUUUCUCCCCUAGUCCCCUUGCUUUUCGGCGUGGUUGUCGUUGUCUUGGCGUACGUCUGAGUCCUGAGUCCCUGUUUAUUAGGUGAUACCCUGAUCCCUCGAACUGGUAACAAUAGCUCGUUACCUUAUCAACGCCUCUUACAUAUCCCAUGCUAUGGUGCAUGUAGCCGAAAUUCUGUCUUUCGUCGUUUUCUGAUUCUGCGCCAAUCCGUAGGGCCUCACCCAAACACAGCAACUUGUCGCGUUCCACCCGCGAGCUUCGUGUCAAAGGAGUUCUUGGCAGCUCAGCCCUGGAAUUCUGCAUUGUCAGCGCCUGCAUUGUUAGCCACACCGACAAGCGAACUUCCUACAUAAUCUUACCUCUAGAUUGUCAUUACUUUUUGUCGUAGUUAGGCCUUUGAAAACGUGUUUACUUCAGACGUCGUCGUCAGCCUCGCCCAGUUGCAAAACACCAUGGCCGCACACGAACACGAUCAAAACCUCGACGAAGAGGGGCAGCGCAAUCCUUAUGCUUCGGCCAAUAAAUGGAGGCAUCAGGAGUCUUCGUCCUUUGCAAAGGCGGCGAGAGAUCCCCAUUCUAGCGGCCACUCGAGGGAGUUAUCCGACUUUCUGAAUAAGGACCGAGUUGAAGGUAGUCGAACUGCGGCGGACGGAACAGGCUACCAACCCAUCGUGGUCGGUGGCACCGAUGGUGUACACGAAGCAGCGGAUGGCCAGGACGGGAAAGAGGUGGUUUGCGGUCCGCUGCUGAAUUAUCGACGCAUGGAAAAUAGAACUUGGUACGGUAGCGUUUUGGUUGUUACCGAAGGCGGCGGCAAGACACAAAACUUUCAACCUACCCUAAGCCUUGGGCGCGUGGAGGUAGCCCGCGGACAACAAGGCCUGCUUAACGAGGGCUCUGCGGUCAAUGGAGAGAAGGUAGGGUCUAAUGCGAUUCCCACCAACCAUGGGUCCGAUAUUGCAGGUGUUUGUCUCUACUCCGACCCGAGAUGCACGUUCUGGGCGUUUCCUCUCGAAUGCGACAUUGCCGACACGGAAACGAAGUGGGCGUACUCGAUCGCCGACGUUCGUUACAAGAGCGAGACGAAGCCCAAGACUAACUACUUCUUCGUUCCAGCCAUCGACGAGUCGAUGCGUAUUAUGUUCCAUUCAUGCAAUGGCUUCAGCGUAGGCACUGACGAAGACGCAUGGAGUGGGCCAGCACUAUGGAACGACGUGAUGAGAAACCAUGCAAAAUCACCUUUCCACGUCAUGAUAGGAGGCGGCGACCAGAUCUACAACGAUGGUAUCCGUGUUAAGGGACCUCUACGGGAGUGGACGGAUAUAGGGAACCCGAAGAAGCGACGCGACUUUCCCUUCCCCGAGAGCUUGCGCAAAGCUUGUGACGAUUACUACCUGAAGAAUUACAUUCGGUGGUACUCUACUGAACCAUUCGCGGCCGCGAACGGACAAAUACCACAACUGAAUAUUUGGGAUGACCACGAUAUUAUUGACGGGUUUGGUUCAUACGUCAACGACUUCAUGAACUGCGAUGUCUUCCGAGGCAUUGGCGGUACUGCCCACAAAUAUUACAUGCUCUUCCAACAUCACCUAGCACCACCUGCUUCCACAUUCACUUCAGAUGCGCCAAAAGCAGGGGACCAUGGAGAGGAGGAUGAUCCAAAACAACUUGUGGAUACCUAUGUCAAACCGCAGGCUUUUGAUUCAUCUUAUAUCAUUGGUAGCAAGCCUGGUCCAUACGUCGCGCAGCACUCGAUGAAUAUGUUCAGUAAGCUUGGCGCCAGAAUCGCGUUCAUGGGCAUUGAUGCUCGUACCGAGCGUACACGGCACCAGGUGAACUAUGAGGAAACGUACGAUUUGAUCUUCAACCGUGUAAGGGAAGAGCUUGGGGCAGCACAAGCAGCCGGCCAACCCUUUAGACAUUUGAUCCUGUUACUGGGCAUCCCCAUUGCGUAUCCGCGACUUACCUGGCUCGAAAAUGUGUUCAGCAGCCCUUUAAUUGCGCCUGUGAAAUUCUUGAAUAGAAGAUUUGGAUUCGGUGGUGGUGUAUUCAACCACUUCGAUGGUAGCGUGGAUCUUCUUGACGAUUUAGAUGAUCACUACACGGCUAGAACACACAAGAAGGAGCGAAAUGCCCUAGUUCACCGGCUCCAAGGAGUCUGUGCCGAGUUCUCUGUUCGACUUACCAUUCUAGGAGGCGACGUUCACUUGGCAGCUCUGGGACGCUUCUACUCGAACCCCAACUUACAUAUUCCUGUCGAGAAAGACCACCGUUACAUAGUCAACGUAGUCUCUUCCGCCAUUGUUAACAAACCCCCGCCGGCAGCGAUUGCCAAUUUGUUAGCAAGUCGUAACAAAAUCCACCACCUUGACCCGGACACCGACGAAACGCUUAUGGCCCUCUUCGACAAGGACCCCGGCAAGACCAGCAAGACACGAUCAUCCAACAAUGUUACCAUGCCUAGCCGAAACUAUGCCAUGCUCACGGAGAAUUCGCCAAACAACCGCGGCGAGGCUGCUAACGGCGCUGAAGAGGCGGCAGACGCCAAUACCCCGGAAAAUAAAUUUGAUGGAAAGCAUGGCCACCAAUUCCUCUCUCAGGGCGAAUCCGGGGCGGGAACCAAACAUAAGGCUGCCGAUUUCGAGAGACAUGGCAAGAGUAACGAUGGAGGCCUCGACGUGUGCAUACGAAUAGAGAUCGACCAACACGAUAAAGAGGGCAAAACUCAGCCAUAUGGUCUUACAAUUCCGGCGCUCGAUUAUGAGGCUGGAAAAUUUGGGACAAACGCGCACCAUCACCAUCUCACUUCCCACAGAAGCCGCCCAGGCACUUCUGGAGCCGCAAGUACUAUUCCGGCAACCAGCAUCCCUUCGCUACCAGGAUCGAUACCCGAUGUGCCUGAACGCCCCCAAGGAAUGUCAACCUAGCUCGACCGUUAGUGUGUAUAGAAAUGUGUUUUGCUUAGCAAUUUGAGACGGGUUGUCUCGGGUUGCUAUGGAGUUUUCGUGGCGAAGAUGGCACGCGAGUGCAAAUGUUUAGUAGAGUGGAGUCGUGAUCCGCCUUGCUCUUGGCUCUAGAGGGCCUAACCAAGGAACGAGUUUAGGAUUGGGGCAAUAUGGCCCAUACCCAACAGAAGGAUAAGAAAGUUGAAUACCCAAGAGGACUGCUGCAUUGCAUUUGUUUUUGAUUCCCAUACCGGUGGUUUUGGACUCUUAUACCUUACUGCUAAUAAUCAUGUUUGUAGCAUGUUCUACCUACCUAGGCAUCUCUACCUAGGUGUUGUGAAAAGACCAAAUAAUGGAUAGGUUUUCCGCAUCUCCCCUGUGUCGUGGUCCAGAAAAACUGCGUAUGCCUAGACCUAUUAGACUGUCCCGCGAACGUACGAAUUAAGUAAUGGUAAAGGCCGUUAGGAAGAACGGGUAACUCUACUAGUGCAUCUAGAAGAGUAGUC